AUAGACGCAGUUUAGUAUUUAUUUUUUACCCUAUUGCGUUUUAGUGUAAUAUUUCAUUUUCCAAUUUUUAGAACGCGUCUCCAAGAUGAUUCCACGUCUUUGCAAACAUACACAGUUUCGAAUGCUCACAGAUGGAACGAGAUUUCUUGUCAGGUGUCUUCAAACUAGCGUGACACAUUCCCAGAAUGUUACCGAAAAUACAGCAGAUGGCAGUCAGGCACAGGAAAUGCGGAAAGAUCUGCCUCCUCCCAAUGCGAGACCUCUCUAUCUUGAUGCUCAGGCCACAACACCACUGGAUCCAAGAGUUCUGGAUGCUAUGCUUCCAUAUUUGGUCAGCUUCUAUGGCAACCCACACUCUCGGACACACGCUUAUGGAUGGGAGAGUGAAGCCGCUAUGGAGAAAGCGAGGAAGGAAGUGGCAGACCUAAUACAUGCGGAUCCACGGGAAAUAGUUUUCACAAGCGGAGCUACCGAGUCGAACAACAUUGCCGUGAAAGGUGUGGCUCGCUUCUACAAGAGCAAGAAAAAUCACAUCAUCACAACACAGACGGAACACAAAUGCGUGCUAGAUUCAUGCCGAGCUUUGGAAGCAGAGGGAUUUGAGGUCACCUAUUUGCCAGUACAACCAAAUGGAAUUGUGGACAUGCAGACACUUGAAGAAAGUAUUCGACCGGAUACCGCUCUUUUGUCUGUGAUGACCGUGAAUAAUGAGAUUGGGGUGAAGCAGCCAAUUGCUGAAAUGGGCAAGCUCUGUCGAUCAAAGAAGGUGUUUUUCCACACUGAUGCAGCUCAAGCGGUUGGGAAAAUCCCGCUGGAUGUGAAUGCUAUGAACAUCGAUCUCAUGUCCAUCAGCGGACACAAGGUGUAUGGUCCCAAAGGUGUGGGGGCGCUGUAUGUGCGAAGAAGACCAAGAGUCAGGGUGGAAGCACCACAAAGCGGAGGGGGCCAGGAACGGGGGAUGCGCAGUGGCACUGUGCCCACUCCUCUUGUUGUUGGCAUGGGAGCGGCCUGCAGAAUAGCAUCAGAAGAACUAGAGUAUGAUGGUGAAAGAAUAAGGAAACUCUCUGAGAGACUCAUUAGUAAGAUAACAGCAGCUUGUCCACAGGUUAUCCAAAACGGAGAUCCGGAAAAUACUUAUGCAGGCUGUGUAAAUCUUUCAUUCGCAUAUGUGGAGGGCGAGAGUUUGCUGAUGGCACUCAAGGAUGUUGCUUUAUCUUCUGGAAGUGCCUGUACAUCAGCAUCGUUGGAGCCAUCCUAUGUGCUGAGAGCGAUCGGAGCUGACGAGGAUCUUGCCCAUUCAUCUAUCAGGUUUGGAAUUGGUCGUUUCACCACCGAACAGGAGAUUGACUACACUGCUGACAAAUGUAUCAAACAUGUUACCAGACUCCGGGAAAUGAGUCCACUGUGGGAGAUGUACCAGGAUGGAGUUGAUAUCAAGUCAAUCAAGUGGUCACAGCACUAACUAGAGAAUCCACAGAAUAACAACUACAAUUGUCUUCCUUCCAUCUCGACACAUCCACUCAAACAGAACUUUCCGGGUGAAUUUAGAGAAAAACACGAACAGUGCCACUCAAGCUUUUCUGCCCGACAGCAUGCUAAAUAGGAGAGGGUCUUGCAAGUUAGUAAACUUCGUGCCUGAUCCUUUUCUUCUUUGUGCAAUGAAAUACGUUUUCAUUCAAUCAAUUAAAAAAUGCAAAAAACUAAGCUUCAAAUGUUAAUUUGCACCAAAAAAUAUUGGGAAAGAAAAAUAAAUGAAAGAUUCAAGUUUUCGACACUUUUUUUUUAAUUAUUGAACCAGUUGAAUAUUAUUUUUGUGUCGUCAUUUGAAAAAUAAAAUAAAAAAUGACCCAAACCCAUUAGCUAUAGAUUUAUCCAAGUACAUUUGGGAGUAACAAUUAUACGGUGCACAUUGCAAUCUCAAAACUGCUGUUGGGGGAACUUUGAAAAUCUUGUAAAACUUUGGUGGAAAUUUGUGGGGUGGGGAUAUAUGCAUCUCAGAAAUAUUAUAGUGGAGAUUUGUUGGGUGCGGUUUCAAAAUGUUACUAAUACCUAAGAAUACACCAUUUCAAGCACACACAACAAAGUCCUAGCUUACAACACCAACCCUCUUUUGAUCAUAUCCAGUAUCUGCCAUGGAUAUUUAUGCAAUUUAUUGAGAAAAAACCCACUUUCUUUGAACAAAGGGUUUAGAAAAAUAACACAAUUCUUAGUUUUGUAAAUAUAUUGGACACACGAGAUUAUAUUACCGGGUACUAUUAUUAUUUAUAUAUUGUUAUUAAAAUGUGAACACGCACAAAAAUAAACUGAUAUUCGAAAGACAUGAACAUUUUAGUAACCUGAAUGUUGUAGAAUUGUGGUAUCCAGAUAAUGUGCAACAUCCUCCAACACGUUUGACAGAUAGGUCAAUACUAGGCUUUAAGACUUAAACAUGUUUUUAUUGCACGUGUGACAAUAUUAGUUUAUAGCACAUUUUGUGUUGAAUUAUGAAACAGUUUUGUGUAUGUGGACUGAGGUUGUUAAAAAAAGAAAGAGGCAUACUUAAUAUCAAGAUCUGAUUGCUCCACUAUGUGUUUUGGUUGACAUUUUUGAGAUUGAAUUUUGAUGUAUGCCUUAUUAAAUAUAUUGUCCACUUUGUAGAUUCGCUAAUGCUAUAUAAGCUGGUCUGUAGUGAAUAGUGAAUUUUAGAAAAAGUAUUUAAUGCAUGUAUACAAGUAAAUUUUCAGAUUCUUUUUUUUUUAAAUUCUACAUUGUACUGCAUUUAAAUGCAUGAAACAUGUUAAGAAACUUUUGUCCAGUAUUUGUUUGAAAAAGAAAUUUACCUUUAAAAUAAAUAUCUUGUGAAGUA